AGGACGAGACAAGACAGGAGGACUUAAGUGUAACCGUACCGGGAGUGUCCACUGGGUGUCAGCAGACUCACACCAGAACUUGAUUUCUUUGCGGAAUGUGAUUAUUCAUUCCUUCAUAUCCGCGAUGGCGGUCCUUCCGCUGCGGGUGCGAAUGUUUCGGGUGGUGUGGCGUGCGAAGAGCGUCUUCAUCGUGGCGUCGGGUCCGUUGGUCCUGCUGCCGCUCGCCCUCAGCACCAAGGAGUCUGCGUGUGCAUACGUAAUCCUGCUGAUGGCGCUGUACUGGUGCACAGAGGUCCUGCCGCUGGCCGUGACGGCGCUGCUGCCUACCAUCUUGUUUCCUGUACUCGGCAUCAUGCAGUCCAAAGACGUGUGCAUGCAGUACCUGCGAGACAGCAACAUGCUGUUCGUGGGCGGGCUGAUGGUGGCGGUGGCCGUGGAGCACUGGAACCUCCACAAGCGCAUCGCACUCAAAGUUCUCCUGGUGGUCGGCGUCAGGCCUGCGCUGCUGAUGCUGGGCUUCAUGGGCGUGACGGCCUUCCUGUCCAUGUGGAUCAGCAACACGGCCACGGCCGCCAUGAUGGUCCCCAUCGUGCACGCCGUGCUGGACCAACUGCAUCGCCACGACGACAUGGAGGAGGGACGCCUGAAGGGGAGCCAAGACGGGAACCCGGCCCCCGCGACGCAGAGCGACGUCGCGGUCGCGGUGCCUGAACCUGUUUCCGGAAGGACCGGCGAGUCUGGAGAAAGAACCCGUGAGGGCGAUGUAACAGCAACAGCGCCCAAUGAUGGGAUAAUGUCAUCGCUCAAACCGCCGCCACAAGACAAACCUCCGUCUGCACCAAAAGCGAGCGCGUCGAGCGUGGUGUGCGCGUUGGAGGUGGAGGAGGCCGAGGGCGUGGACGACGAGCGCCGGCGCUUGAGCAAGGGCCUGCUGCUGAGCGUGUGCUACGCGGCCAGCAUCGGCGGCAUCGCCACACUGACGGGAACCGGACCAAACCUGGUCCUGCUGGGCCAGAUGAGCCAGCUGUUCCCCCAGAGCGGCGGCGUCAUCAACUCGGCGUCCUGGUUCGUCUUCGCCUUCCCCACCAUGAUGAUGAUGCUCCUGAUGGCCUGGAUCCUGCUGCAUCAGGUCUUCAUAGGACGCAGCCCGCGGGAGGCGUGGUCCUGCGGCGGGGGCCGGGCGGCAAAGGAGCGAGCCGCCCGCGCCGUCAUCGCUGAGGAGCACCGGCGCUUGGGUCACAUGACUUACGGUGAGGCCAGCGUGAUGGCGCUCUUCCUCCUCAUGGUGGCGCUGUGGUUCACCCGCGAGCCGCGCUUCGUGGACGGCUGGGCCUCGCGACUCUUCAACGCUGAAGCCGAGUUCGUCACCGAUGCCACUGUCGCCCUCAUGGUGGCGCUCUUGCUGUUCGUUCUGCCUUCCCGGCCGCCCAGGUACCUCUGCUGCUGGAGGCCCAACUCGGACCCAGAUGGGCAGGUGUCCCGAGGCCCCGCCCCUCCGUUGCUGACCUGGAAGGUGGCGCAGGCAAAGAUUCCCUGGAACAUCGUACUGCUGCUGGGCGGAGGAUUUGCGCUGGCCAAAGGCAGCGAGGAGUCGGGCCUGUCGCGCUGGUUGGGCUCCCAGAUGACGCCGCUUCAUUCCAUCCCGCCGUGGGCCAUCACCGUGGUUCUGUGCCUCCUCACCGCCACCUUCACAGAAUGCGCCAGCAAUGUCGCCACAGCGACGCUAUUACUGCCUAUCCUGGCCUCCAUGUCUCAGUCCAUCAGUGUGAAUCCUCUGUAUGUGAUGAUCCCGUGUACCCUGAGUGCCUCCUUCGCCUUCAUGCUGCCCGUGGCCACGCCCCCGAACGCCAUCGUCUUCUCCUCGGGCUACCUCAAAGUGGCCGACAUGGCGAAAACCGGCGUGGUGAUGAACGUCAUCGGCAUCGCGUGCAUCAGCGUGGCCAUCAACACUUGGGGCCGCGUCUUGUUCUCGCUGGACUCUUUCCCCGAGUGGGCCAAUGCCACCACGCCCAUUUAGCCCCCCCAAGUUCCUUCAUUGUCGUGCUUUUUUAAAAUAUUUUAUUUGGGGGGAAAAAAAAAAUCAACAAUAAUAUUAUAAAUUCAUAUUUAACACAUUCAUUCACAUUAUAUUUUCUCCUUUAGACUCCUUAUUAUUGUUUUUUUGUUUAUUGUUGUUUUGUUAAAAAAAAUGUUGACAUUUUGUCAUUGCUUUACAUUGUUGUACAUAUGUAACAUCCCAACAAUUUUAUGACCUUUGAAUAAAUAUUUCACACAUAACGGUGGCUGCUUUCGAUCAGUAAUCCUCUGACGUCAACUAUAGGGCUUGAAUUACACUACAAAUAUUUAAAGGAGCAAAAUUGAAAUGUGCUCAAACGAAAAAAAAACUUUUAUCUGGAGAGAAUAAUUAACUCAAUACAUGUAUACUGUUUGUUUGUUUGUUUUUUUUAAAAAGAUAAUUCGUAAAAUUAACUAAAUGAUUACUAAUUAA